AUGAGAAAAGCCAUCAGUUCAAAGCUUGCCACAAGUAAUGAGUGUGUAUAUGGCAGCUACCCUGAAAUUCCUUUGGAAGAAAUGCCAGAUGCAGAUGGAGUAGCCAGCACUCCCUCCCUCAAUAUUCAAGAGCCAUGCUCUCCAGCCACAUCCAGUGAAGCAUUCACGCCAAAGGAGGGCUCUCCAUACAAAGCCCCCAUCUACAUCCCUGAUGAUAUCCCCAUUCCUGCCGAGUUUGAACUUCGAGAGUCAAAUAUGCCUGGAGCGGGACUAGGAAUAUGGACCAAAAGGAAGAUUGAAGCAGGUGAAAAGUUUGGGCCUUAUGUGGGAGAGCAGAGGUCAAACCUGAAAGACCCCAGCUAUGGAUGGGAGAUCUUAGAUGAGUUUUGCAAUGUGAAGUUCUGCAUAGAUGCUAGUCAACCAGAUGUAGGAAGCUGGCUCAAGUACAUCAGGUUCGCUGGCUGUUAUGAUCAGCACAACCUCGUUGCAUGCCAGAUAAAUGAUCAGAUAUUUUAUAGAGUAGUCGCAGACAUUGCACCAGGAGAGGAGCUCCUGCUGUUCAUGAAGAGUGAAGACUAUCCCCAUGAAACUAUGGCGCCGGAUAUCCACGAAGAACGGCAGUAUCGCUGCGAGGACUGUGACCAGCUCUUUGAGUCCAAGGCUGAACUAGCAGAUCACCAGAAGUUCCCCUGCAGUACCCCUCACUCAGCAUUUUCAAUGGUGGAAGAAGACUUCCAACAAAAACUCGAAAGUGAAAACGAUCUCCGAGACAUACAUGCAAUCCAGGAGUGUAAGGAAUGUGACCAAGUCUUCCCCGAUUUGCAAAGCCUGGAGAAACACAUGUUGUCACAUACUGAAGAGAGGGAAUACAAGUGCGAUCAGUGUCCCAAGGCAUUUAACUGGAAGUCCAAUUUAAUUCGCCACCAGAUGUCACAUGACAGUGGAAAGCACUAUGAAUGUGAAAACUGUGCCAAGGUUUUCACGGACCCUAGCAACCUUCAGCGGCACAUCCGCUCUCAGCAUGUUGGUGCCCGGGCCCACGCGUGCCCGGAGUGUGGCAAAACGUUUGCCACUUCGUCGGGCCUCAAACAACACAAGCACAUCCACAGCAGUGUGAAGCCCUUUAUCUGUGAGGUCUGCCAUAAAUCCUAUACUCAGUUUUCAAACCUUUGUCGUCAUAAGCGCAUGCAUGCUGAUUGCAGAACCCAAAUCAAGUGCAAAGACUGUGGACAAAUGUUCAGCACUACGUCUUCCUUAAAUAAACACAGGAGGUUUUGUGAGGGCAAGAACCAUUUUGCGGCAGGUGGAUUUUUUGGCCAAGGCAUUUCACUUCCUGGAACCCCCGCUAUGGAUAAAACGUCCAUGGUUAAUAUGAGUCAUGCCAACCCGGGCCUUGCUGACUAUUUUGGUGCCAAUAGGCAUCCCGCUGGUCUUACCUUUCCAACAGCUCCUGGAUUUUCUUUUAGCUUCCCUGGUCUGUUUCCUUCCGGCUUGUACCACAGGCCUCCUUUGAUACCUGCUAGUUCUCCUGUUAAAGGACUAUCAAGUACUGAACAGACAAACAAAAGUCAAAGUCCCCUCAUGACACAUCCUCAGAUACUGCCAGCUACACAGGAUAUUUUGAAGGCACUAUCUAAACACCCACCUGUAGGGGACAAUAAGCCAGUGGAGCUCCAGCCCGAGGGGUCCUCUGAAGAGAGGCCCCUUGAGAAAAUGAGUGACCAGUCAGAGAGUAGUGACCUUGAUGAUGUCAGUACACCAAGUGGCAGUGACCUGGAAACAACCUCGGGCUCUGAUCUGGAAAGUGACCUUGAAAGUGAUAAAGAGAAAUUUAAAGAAAAUGGUAAAAUGUUCAAAGACAAAGUAAGCCCUCUUCAGAAUCUGGCUUCAGGACAUAAUAGGAAAGAAUACAGCAAUCAUUCCACUUUCCCACCGUCUUUAGAGGAGCACACUGCGGUGUCAGGAGCUGUGAAUGAUUCUAUAAAGGCUAUUGCUUCUAUUGCUGAAAAAUACUUUGGUUCAACAGGACUGGUGGGGCUGCAAGACAAAAAAGUUGGAGCUUUACCUUACCCUUCCAUGUUUCCCCUCCCGUUUUUUCCAGCAUUCUCUCAAUCAAUGUACCCAUUUCCUGAUAGAGACUUGAGAUCGUUACCUUUGAAAAUGGAACCCCAAUCACCAAGUGAAGUCAAGAAACUGCAGAAGGGAAGCUCUGAGUCUCCCUUUGAUCUCACCACUAAGCGAAAGGACGAGAAGCCCUUGACUCCAGGACCCUCCAAGCCUCCAGCAACACCUGCCACAAGCCAAGACCAGCCCCUGGAUCUAAGUAUGGGCAGUAGGAGUAGAGCCAGUGGAACAAAGCUGACCGAGCCCCGUAAAAACCACGUGUUUGGGGAAAAGAAAGGAAGCAACAUUGAACCGAGACCCGCAUCGGACAGUUCCUUGCAGCACGCUAGACCCACUCCUUUUUUUAUGGACCCGAUUUACAGAGUAGAGAAAAGAAAACUAACUGACCCACUUGAAGCUUUAAAAGAGAAAUACUUGAGACCUUCUCCAGGAUUCUUAUUUCACCCACAAUUCCAACUGCCUGAUCAGAGAACUUGGAUGUCAGCUAUUGAAAACAUGGCGGAGAAGCUAGAGAGCUUCAGUGCCCUGAAACCGGACGCCAGUGAACUUCUGCAGUCAGUUCCCUCCAUGUUCAACUUCAGAGCACCUCCCAAUGCCCUGCCGGAGAACCUCCUGCGAAAAGGGAAAGAACGCUACACCUGCAGAUACUGUGGCAAGAUUUUUCCAAGGUCUGCGAACUUAACACGGCACUUGAGAACCCACACAGGAGAGCAGCCUUACAGAUGCAAAUACUGUGACAGAUCCUUUAGCAUCUCUUCCAACUUGCAGAGGCAUGUUCGUAACAUCCACAAUAAGGAGAAGCCCUUUAAGUGUCACUUAUGUGAUAGGUGUUUUGGUCAACAAACCAACUUAGACAGACACCUAAAGAAACAUGAGAAUGGGAACAUGUCUGGUACGGCAACAUCGUCGCCUCAUUCCGAACUGGAAAGUACAGGCGCGAUUCUCGAUGACAAAGAAGAUGCUUACUUCACAGAAAUCCGCAAUUUCAUUGGGAAUAGCAACCACAGCAGCCAGUCUCCCAGGAACACAGAGGAGAGAAUGAACGGCAGCCAUUUUAAGGAUGAGAAAGCUUUGGUGACCAGCCAAAAUUCAGAUUUACUGGAUGAUGAAGAAGUAGAAGAUGAGGUGUUGUUAGAUGAGGAGGAUGACGACAACGAUAUUACUGGAAAAACGGGAAAAGAACCAGGGACAAGCAAUUUACAUGAAGGAAACCCUGAGGAUGACUAUGAAGAAGCCAGUGCCCUGGAGAUGAGUUGCAAAACGUCCCCAGUGAGGUAUAAAGAGGAAGAAUAUAAAACUGGACUUUCUGCCCUAGAUCAUAUAAGGCACUUCACAGAUAGCCUCAAAAUGAGGAAACUGGAAGAUAAUCAAUAUACUGAAGCUGAGCUGUCUUCUUUUAGUGCUUCCCAUGUGCCGGAGGAACUUAAACAGCCGUUACACAGAAAGUCCAAAUCACAGGCAUAUGCUAUGAUGUUGUCAUUGUCCGACAAGGAGUCCCUCCAUUCUACAUCCCACAGUUCUUCCAACGUGUGGCACAGUAUGGCAAGGGCUGCGGCGGAAUCCAGUGCCAUCCAGUCCAUAAGCCACGUAUGACAUUACCAAGGUCGACCAGAGUGGGACCAAGUCCAACAGUAGCAUGGCUCUUUCAUCUAGGACUAUUUAAAAGACUGCUGAGCAGAAUGCCUUAGAAACCUGAAGGGUCACUCAUUUAAAGUCUGGUGACCUUAAACUGAAUGCUUAAAAAAAAAGAAAGGAAAAGAAAGAAAGAAAAAAAGAAACUAUUUAUUCUCGAUAUUUUGUUUUGCACAGCAAAGGCAGCUGCUGACUUCUGGAAGGUCAAUGCAACGUUAUUAACAUGAUUUGGUGAGAAUGA